CAAACCCUGUAUAUUACUAAAAGUGAUAGAUAAAAGUAAGUCUAAAUAAUACAGCAGUAAUAAGCUAACCCCAAUCUCACAGAACAAUAUAAACAUCAAAAAUUUUGUAAUUUAUACAGAGGUGAGUCCAAUUUCCUAUUUUGUUUCAUCAUGCGGAUAUUAUGGUUGGUUACAAUUUGCACACUUCUGAGCUUUGCUUCUUGUAAAAUUAUUUGCAACAACUCCAAAGAAAGUAAAUGUAAAUGUUUUGGUCGUCGCAUACAGUGUCGUACAAAAAUUCAGGAUGAUAUUAUUAUUGAUGUUGACAACUUUGUUAUUGACAUUGAGUGUCCAACUGAAUUAAAAAAUUUCCACAUUAACAAAUUUCCAAACGUGACACUUGAUAGGAACAUUACAGUAUUAAAUAUGCGAUAUUGUCCGCUACCGCUAAAUGAUUUCAAAGAAAUUUUUGACUGGUUUUCGAUACAAAAUAUGGAUACAUUUAGAUUUUACCACUCAAAUUUGAACGGCACGGUCUUAAGAAAAGAAUAUUUUCAGUCUUUCGACACUUUGAGACAUUUAAUCCUCACCUAUAACGGAAUUAAAAAUUUAGACAAAAACUUUUUUGCAAAUAUGACACAACUAAGGCUUCUAGAGCUCCAGAAUAAUAACAUCAACCUGACAAAAAACAUAUUCAAAAAUUUGCAGUAUUUAAAAUACUUGGAUUUGUCCUAUAACAACUUACAAUAUGUACCUUAUGGAGUAUUUCAAGCUGUAAGAACGUUGACAAAUUUGCAUUUGAGGGGCAACCAGCUGACCAAAAUCGACGAUUUUAUUUUCGCCGGACUUUUAAACUUACGAUUGCUAGAACUAGGCUUUAACAAAAUAGAAACGAUAACCGAAAAUGCAUUUGCCACUCUUAAAGAUUUGACACAAAUUAAUCUCUCAUCCAAUUCUCUUACAACACUACCUAGGAGACUGUUUCAAAGAAAUAAAAAUCUAACCAAAGUGUAUUUGAAGAAGUGUAAUUUAAGUGAGAUCCCGGAAAAUCUUUUCGAGAAUACCACAACAUUGCAAGAUCUUAUGUUGGGAAAAAAUAAUCUAGAACAAAUAUCAGAGACAUUAUUUAAAGGACUGGUGAGUCUGGAGACGAUUUUUUUGUAUGACAACAAAAUAAAAUCAAUCUCACAUUUGUUUAAAGGACUUGAACAAAUUACAUUGUUGUAUCUACAAGAUAAUUUAAUUGAGGAAUUAUCAAGUGAAACUUUUGCCGACUUGAUCAAUUUGAAAGAAAUUAACUUAAAGGGAAAUAGAAUUAAACAAAUUCACUCCCUUGUUUUUUCAAAGAAUCACAAAUUAAAAAGUGUUAUUUUGUCCCAUAAUGAGAUAGAAGAUAAUUUUGAAACCGUCAUAACUUCAACACAAACAAACAGUUUGAUUAACUGGAAUUUGAAUCACAACCGAAUACAGCAAAUAAAGCUAGAAAACUUGCAAAACGUAUCUAUAAGACUCGAUUACAACAAUAUCACAGUUGUUGACCUAAAAGACAUAAAAGUAAAUACUACCCUAAAAAUAUCUUUUAAUGAGAAUCCAAUUAUUUGUAAUUGCCGUAAUUACAAUCUGCUAAAUCAUCUCAAAAAUCAAUCAAAAAGUAAUUUGACAAUAACUGCCAAAAAUGUUACAUGUUUUGGUUCUCAAGAAGUAAAAAAGACUUUUGAAAAUCUUGAAUUAUCGAGUCUUGUCUGUUCUCUGGAAGAAAUUUCAAAAAAUUUUACCGAGUGUCCUAAAAAUUGUUCAUGCAUUUGGAGACCUUUUGACAAUUCUGUAGUGAUUAACUGUUCAAAUAAAUCACUCGCGGAGUACCCACAAAUUGACUUAACUCAGUUCAAGAAUUUUAAUUAUAGCGAAAUUGAACUACACCUUGAAAAUAACGAAUUGGAAACAGGCCCCAUGAACCACUUUAGUUAUGUCAAUAUCACAAAAUUGUUUCUUUCAAACAAUAAAAUUAAGACAAUUAAUUGGGUACCACCAAGGCUCAAGUCACUACAUUUGGACCAAAACCACAUCAGUAAAAUUCCUCCUAAAGUCAUUGAGAUUUUAAACAGAACAGAUUUAGUAAAUUUAACCUUAAAUAACAAUCCUUGGUUGUGUGAUUGUAAUGCUGAAAUUUUGGCCCAAUUUUUGCGCACAGUUCCGGCGCUUUCUACUAACAUUUAUUGCGCUAACACAACCCUUCGCUUCAUUGAUAUGAAAAGAGAAGAUUUUUGCAAAAGCCAAACUUUCCUCUAUUUGACAACAGUUAUCAUCUCACUCCUUCUCAUUUCAGCCCUUUUCGCCAUUUUCUACUACCGGUACAAACAAAUGAUCAAAAUCUGGCUGUUGUCCCACAACUUAUCUUGGCUCAGUGAGGAAAACCUUGACAAAGACAAAAUCUACGACGUUUUUAUCAGUUACUCACACAAAGACGAAGUUUUUGUUCGAGAUCUCAUAUCAUUCCUCGAAAACGAUCCUGACUCUUUCAAAGUUUGUGUACAAUAUCGAGAUUGGAUUCUUGGAGAAGAUAUCACGACCCAAAUCACCAAUUCGGUAUUAAAAUCACGCAGAACUCUGAUGGUACUUUCAAAGAAUUUUCUGGAAAGUAAAUGGGGUAAAAUGGCGUUUAGGACUGCACAUACGCAAGCUCUGAGUGACGGGAUAAAUCGAGUUGUGAUACUUUGGUAUGAAGAUGUUGAAGUUGAGAAGUUAGAUGAUGAGGAAUUGAAGGUGUAUUUGAAGACUAGAACUUAUGUUAAGUGGGAAGAUAAGCACUCUAGGAAAAACUUGAGAAAUGCGUUGCGACGGACUAGAAACUGGAGGCAAAAAACAGAAGUCCUAGAAGAUGAAGAUAUGUUAAUACAGCCCCUUUAAACAUUUUUUCUUUUUUGUAUUUAUGCAUCUAAGUAUUAUUUUUUUUUACUUUUGUAAUAAUUUGAUUUGUCGAAUACAUUUUUGUACGAUGUGAGCAAA